AUGUCAUUCUUCUAUAAAAUAGCUGUGCUUGGAGCUGGCGGUGUUGGAAAAAGCGACCUUGUCUUGCGCUUCACUCAAGACAGAUUUGAAGACAACUGAGACCCAACAAUUGAGGACCAAUACACAACGACUUUUGAACUCGACGGAUUUGCAGUUAGACUCGAAAUAUUAGAUACAGCAGGCCAAGAAGAUUUUUCUCACUUAUUGGAUAUUUAUUUGCAAGAAAGAGAAGCUUAUCUUCUUGUUUAUUCAUUGACAGAUGCUUCAACUCUUGAAAAAGUUUGCAGUAUUGCGACUUUUAUUUUUAACACAAGAGGAGCAAAUACACCUAUCAUCUUUGUAGGAAACAAAUCAGAUUUAGAGAAAGAAAUCUGUAUAGCCUAGGAAAUGAUAUAUUUCGGCCUGGGCUUGAGAAAUCUGAGCAAUCCCUGAAUUGGUUCUCCAACUCAAGCUGACGAACCAACCUGGGAAGUUGACAAAUAGGUGCAAUGUGAGGCAUUUGUCAACUUCCGUGCUUGCUCGUCAACUUUAUUUGAGAAUCAACUUAGGGAAUUGCUCACUCCCCCUCAGUUAGCGAACAAAAUAAGUUUGUUCACUUAAGGAGGGUGUUAAUUUUUUUCAAAAUUUAAAAAUAUCCCCAAUUUAAAAUGUAAAAUUUAUAUUUUAAAUGCAAGCUGUUUAAAAUUAAACAGAAUUAGCAAUAGAUUUCAUUAUAAAGAUUAUUACUUAUAUAGCAAAUGUUUUUCAUAAAAAAUUUUUUGUUCGCUCACUGAGGGUUGCUUUUAGGCAAAAAAUAAGGAUUUUCCCAUGAUUUUGUUCGUUCAUGGAGGGUAGGGGAGUCAGCAUUCUCCCUGCCCAGGCCAAUCUCUAUCGGUUCCUAGGCUAUAUAGAAAAAGGUGCAGUCUCAGCAUAUAUUGAAUCGUUUAAAUAUGCUGCUUGCUAUGAAACUUCAGCUAAGUUUAACACAAACGUGAAAGAAGCGUUUUAUCAGUUAGUAAGAUUGCUAUGAAAACGAAAUAAAGAAAGAAACUGUGACAUAGGUAUUAGCGAUAUUGGAAUAGAGCUUCCAAUACCUGAAGAAACCGAAAAAAGGAAAAAAUGCUGCAUAUUCUUUUAA